AUGUCUUGGGCAGCAGGAAAGAAGGAUACUCGUGGCGAGGAUUCGUCAUACGCUCUUCUUGGUAUCUUUGGCGUCACCUUGCCAAUAAUUUACGGCGAGGGUAAACAAUUAGCAUUCAGGAACCUUCAGGGGGCAAUUUUAGACAAGACAGGCGAUAUGUCGUUGUUCGCUUGGACCAGCUUUGACGGUUCAAUUCCUCGAGGCAUUUUUGCCAAUUCAGCCGAUGAGUUUAGCUGGUUUGGGAGGACGAAAUUUGCCGGUGUCCCUUUCAAAAACGCCAGAACCUUCACUAUUUCUAGGAGUCGCGACGGGGUCGUAGUAGAAGGUAAUUGCAUUGUUGAAAGCGAGGACACCAUCUUUCUUGACCUUGGGAACGGAGCACGUUUGCGCAGUUACGACUACCUACUAGCACAGAGAUGCGGCAUCUUGAUCCGCCGAGGCGUAUCUGGAAUAUAUCAUCGUGUGCAGCCUAGCGCGAUACAGACAGCCUCUGCAACUGAGCAUGCGAAAGCCAUGCGAAUCACGAUUGAUGCGGGUGACUUCACUAACGGCUCUGUCAAAGCGACUCGAUUCAACCACCUACGAAACUCGAAGACUCGCACACGGUCGAUUAGCAACAAGAACACUGUACUUUCGAUAGACGGCAUUCCUAUACAGGAUGAUCCCUCAAGUACCGGGAGUCCUUUGCAGCAACGCGCCCCCGUCGACGAUUCUGAAAAGAAUUGUGCAGGUUCGAUGCGUGAAGAAAAGUCUCCGACGAUUGAACAUCAAAGAAACCAGUCCCAGGAAGCAGGUCAGACAUCAGUGAAGCAAGAAUGCAUUCUUGAUGCUAUACCAACUGGUCUCGAUCCAGACACUUUCGUCGAGCCAUCGUCCGCUAGGGCUGUCACCCCAGAAUCUCUUGACGACAACACCGCUGGCAGUUCCACGAAGGCGGCUACGGCGACAUCAGCAAAGCAGUCAUUUUCUAGUUACAGAGCUCUGGCGGAUGACAACAUACUUGUCAAAAGUCUAGCUAGGAAGGCGCACAAGAGUUUCAAGACAUACCAGCACAUUACGUGGGUCACGUAA